AUGGUAAAGAUUCAUCACCUUCACCAACUAAUCAUCAUCAUCAUCAUCACCACCUUCUUCUUCUUCAUCUGGAUAAAAGAUAGAAUUGGUGCACUUAUGAUCAUGGCUAGGGAAAAAAUACAGAUUAAAAAGAUUGAUAAUGCUACAGCAAGACAGGUAACCUUCUCCAAGAGGAGGAGAGGGCUGUUCAAGAAAGCCGAAGAGCUCUCUGUACUUUGUGAUGCUGAUGUUGCUAUCGUCAUCUUCUCCUCUACUGGCAAACUCUUUCAGUAUUCUAGCUCUAGCAUGAAAGAAAUACUUGAAAGGCAUAGCCUGCAUUCAAAAAAUCUCCAAAAGCUUGACCAACCAUCACUUGAGUUGCAGCUGGUUGAAGACGCCAACUAUGCCAAAUUAAGUAAAGAAGUUGCUGAGAGAACUCUUCAAUUAAGGAGGUUGAGGGGGGAGGAACUUCAUCUUUUAAGUAUCGAAGAGCUACACCAGCUGGAGAAGUCCCUUGAAGCUGGAUUAGGACGUGUUGUUGCAAAAAAGGGAGAGGUUAUUAUGAACGAGAUUAAUCGUCUUCAAGAAAAGGGAACAGAACUGAUGGAGGAGAAUGACCGACUUAAAAAAGAAAUGAUGGAGAUAUCAAAGGCUAGAGAACAGGUUCAUGGUGAUACUGAAAAUGUAAUUGGUGAGGAAGGCCAGUCAUCGGAAUCGGUGACCAACAUUUCUGAUUCUGCUGAUCCUGGCCAAGACUAUGAAAGCUCCUAUACAUCCCUCAAAUUAGGGCUACCUUACCCAGGUUGAUUGGAGCUUGUAGGAUUUAUAUAUGUAAUUGAUAGCUAAGAAGAUGAUGCUUAUGGAUAUGGCUUUUGACAAGGAUUAUUAUAAUUAUGAUUGAUUUACCCCUAUAUAUUUCUGGCGAUUAUUUUUAUGUUCUUACUAGCAGGACUCUGAUCUGAACUCAAUUGGUGGGUAACUUGUGUGAUA